UACUUCUAUUUUUCACAUGUAACGCUUAGAUGAGACGUAAAAAACUUUUAUUUUCAUUAAAAUCAUUCAAGUCGUUGGACUCUGAUCUGCAAGAUAAAAGAUGACAGAGCCGACUUCGUUACUUUUUAUUUUUUCUUUUACGUUAUUACUACAAAAAUUAUAUCGCGGUGUGAAAUGAGCUUAAACCUUGCGAAUCGGCAGAAAGGAGGAAAAGAGAAGGAGACUAACGACGAGAAGAAUCUUAAGAAAGAGGAUAAAAGGGAGGAAAAAGAAGAAGAAAAGAAGGACGGUGUCCACAAUUUGUGUCAUCAACGUUUGAACAAAUUCGACGAAAGGAAGGACGAGGAACGACGGGAGUGCGUUAAUGAGAGAGAAGAUUCGAGGGCUUCCAAGAUGCCGGAACUCAAGGACGAGCUAAUAGAGCCCGACGACGAGAUCGUUAACCUCGAUCUCGAUGAACCACCCCCUGAUGUUAUAGAGUAUGCUAGGAGAGAAGUUGGCGAGACGGACGAGGUCAAAUGUCAAACCUUGCAAGAAUUACGCGACUUGAUUUACGAACAAGGUGAAUGCAUACCGCAUAGAAUGGAUGAUGAUUUUCUGAUAAGAUUUCUCCGUGCAAGACAUUUCGACGUAAAUCGUGCUCAUCGACUGGUAGUGAAUUACUACAACUUCAAGGAAGAACAUCCAGAGAUACAUCAGGAUGUAUGUCCAAACGAGAUGUGUCAUAUAGGCGAGGACUAUGUAGUUACUGUACCGGCUUAUAGAACUGAAUGUGGCAGACGGAUGAUGAUUUAUCGUAUGGGUAAUUGGGAUCCUCGAAAGUACCCUGUCGAAGAGAUUUUCAAGGCUACAGUUAUUAUACUCGAGCUAGGUAUUCUCGAGCCAAGAGCUCAAAUCUUAGGUGGCAUCGUCGUUUUUGAUCUCAAGGAUAUUACUAUGUCGCAUGUUUGGACGGUAACACCGCAGGUUGCUAAUAUGGUCAUGGCUCUGAUGGUAACGGCCUUUCCCAUAAAGACAUACGCAAUUCAUAUACUUCAUCAAUCCUGGAUAUUCGAAGCGAUUUAUGCUGUUUUCAAGCCACUUUUAAAUACUCGAAUGAAGAACAGAAUCUUCUUUCAUGGCGACGACAUGCAGAGCUUUCAUAAACACAUUUCACCUAAUUACUUGCCCAAGAUGUAUGGUGGGACUCGCGAAGAAGUACCUUAUUACAAGUGGAUUGAGUCAUUGAUAAAAGUACCGAAAAUUGUUAAAGAAAUGGAGCAGCUAGGAUACGUAAUACCGAAAGAUUUUCAAAUACCGAAGAGCUGAAGAUUGAUUCCGAAGGCAUUUAACGAUUCUGCAGUAUCAUUAUUCUCAUUGAUUUUUCCUCUUUAUUCUCACAUUAUAAUCGUUGUAUCAUUAAUUAAUUUACGAGAUAGCUCUUGAUUAAUAUUAGCUAUUAAAGCACAUGGUAUGAAUUUUAUAAAAUUUCGUAUUGUUCCAAAUUUUUAUUUCAAAGCGAAAUGCUAUUUAGGUCAAUCCGUUUAAUUAUAUUCGAUAUAUUUCUUCCGUAUCAUUAUAUCCUAAUUAACAAUAUCGAUAAUAUUAUGAAAUAUUCUAUAGAUAUUGCUGAACUUAUGUACACCCAAUUACUUAAAUAUAGGCUCAAACAAUUAUUUUUCUACCAAAGUAGAAAAAAAAAGGGAGAAAAGAAAAACAAAGAAUCUACUGACCCCGGUAGGAAAGAGCCGAAUAAGAGAAUCACACUGAGUUGAAGAAAAAAAAGAAAUAUUUAGACAAAAGCGAGUACAUAUGUAGGUACAUAGGUAUAUGGUCGAGGAAAAGCGAUAAGAGGAUUUUGCGAGUGGAGAUAAAUAGGUCAUUUGGCAAGAACGGCAGAUAACCGGUAAAUUCGAGUUACCGAUUAGCAUCUAAUCUCAAUCCAUGUAGAUACGUAUUCAAUACACAUGAUAUUCUAAUAACAAUUAAA